CCCACCAAAAUCUGUCUCGUCAUCAGAUAAGAGUUCGUAUCUCUGGGCGUUAACGUGUUCAAUUCUCAGAGUCUUUCUAGUUCUAAAGAUGCUGCUCCAUCCGCGUAUCUACACCACCAAUGGCGCCAUCCAAAUCCAGUACCACCCAUGUAAGAUUCCAACGUUUAGUCGACGACGCCGGAAACUGUUUGUGGAAGCACAAUCCUCUCCAUCAAGAACCCAGAGGAUAAUGGAAAGCAUUUCCUCGACUGGGGAGGCUGGUGGUGCUGGGGGAUCAUACUCCUAUAAUGCAUUGAAAAGAUUGGAUCAGUUAUGGUCUAGUAUUUACUCUGAUCAACGCGUUGAGAAAGAAGCUACCAAAGAAAUUGUUUCAACUGUUCCUGGUUUAUUUACUGAAUCUGAUCUGGCUGAUAAAGUAUCUGAAACAUUUGAUGUGAUUGUUUGUGGUGGUACUUUGGGAAUCUUUGUGGCUACUGCUCUCAGUUGCAAAGGCCUUCGUGUUUGUAUUGUCGAAAGGAAUAUACUAAAGGGGAGGGAGCAAGAAUGGAACAUUUCUAGGAAAGAACUGCAGGAACUAGUUGAAGUUGGCAUUUUAGAUGAAGAUGAUAUAGAACUCGCUAUUGCUUCCAAAUUUAAUCCUAACAGAUGUGGGUUUGAUGGAAAGGGUGAGAUUUGGGUUGAAGAUAUCCUUAAUCUUGGUGUAUCGCCUGUGAAGCUCAUUGAAAUUGUCAAAAAGCGUUUUAGUUUACUUGGAGGAGUUGUUAUAGAGGAUUGCAGUGUAUCGAGCUUAUGCAUAUACAAGGACUCAGCGGUGUUGAAACUAGCUGAUGGGAAGAUUUUGUCAUCACGUCUCAUCAUUGAUGCAAUGGGAAAUUUCUCUCCGAUAGUAAAACAGAUUAGAAAUGGAAGAAAGCCAGAUGGUGUUUGCCUUGUCGUUGGUUCGUGUUCUAGAGGAUUCCAAGACAACUCUACUAGUGACGUCAUAUUCAGUAGUCCUUCAGCUAAAAAUGUCGCCCAAUCCAAAGUACAUUACUUCUGGGAGGCGUUUCCUUCUGGUUCGGGUCCUUUGGAUCGAACUACUUAUAUGUUCACUUAUGUUGAUCCACAACCUGGAUCCCCUAAACUAGAAGAUUUAUUAGAAGAUUAUUGGGAUCUCAUGCCUAAUUAUCAAGGAGUCCCUUUUGAGAAUAUGGAGAUUUUGAGAGUUAUUUUCGGCAUUUUCCCUACUUAUCGUGACAGUCCAUUGCCAGCAGCUUUUGACCGUGUUCUUCAGUUUGGUGAUGCUAGUGGCAUUCAAUCUCCCGUUUCGUUUGGUGGUUUCGGGAGCCUUACAAGGCAUCUUGGAAGAUUAUCAACCGGCAUAUAUGAAGCAAUGAAGGAUGAUUUACUGGAUUCUCAAAGCUUGUCAUUGCUGAACCCGUACAUGCCCAAUUUAAGUGCGUCGUGGUUAUUUCAAAGGGCAAUGUCAGCAAAAAAGAACGUUAAUGUUUCUCCAGACUUCAUCAAUGAACUUCUUUAUGCCAAUUUUCAGAGCAUGGAGAGGUUGGGAGAUGCUGUUCUAAGGCCAUUUCUUCAGGAUGUUAUACAGUUUGGGCCACUUGUGAAGACCUUAGGCCUUGUGAUGAUAACUAAACCUCAAAUAAUUCCAUCAAUCUUCAAGCAGGUUGGAAUUCCGGUGCUUGUUGAUUGGUCUGGACAUUUCUUCAUGUUGGGUUACUAUACUUUUCUUUCUACGUUCCUUGAUCCGACUAUAAGGCCACUGGUUGAUACAUUUCCUGCUAGAAUGAAGUUUAAAUGGAAGCGAAAACUUGAAGCUUGGAAAUAUGGAUCUGGUUUAGACUACAGUUUGAGUCAAAACGACAAGUGAAGUUAUCCGACCAAUUUAUAGAUAUUGGAGUUUGAUUCUAUUACAAAGUUUGGAGUGAGUUGGAUUUAUUUAAAUUAAGUUAUAGUAUAUAUAUAUAUAUAAAGUGAUGCUUAAUUUUAGAUUCACUCGAUUAU